AUGGGUGUCAAGCGCAAGCACAUCGAUGAUGCCUCUCCAACGUCAAUCUCCAGCUUCGGCGCCGUCUCAACACCAAACGCGCAAUCACCCAUACGAUUCCCACAAGGCCUGAACGGCACAAUGGACAUGGAAAUGGACACAGAGAGCACACCAAGAUCUAACGGCUGGAAUUUCAUGCGCGCUCACCGCGUAAAAUCCAGCGACUGGGGAAACCGCACGCGCAAACGAGUCCGCGACAACCGCCCCGACGAGCGCGCUAUUCACGGUAGGAGAACAAUGUUUUUCAAUACUGCCAGAGAUAACACAGUACACAAACUCUUCCUCGCCCAACGACAACACCCCCACGCCUCGCCCAUCCCCUCCGACCUCUUACCCGCACAACCCGCCAUCGUAGUCUCGAAACCGCAAAAAUCCACACUGCACUCAUUCUGGAACAUCUCCGCGCCGCCGGCCCAAGCACCUCUCUUCUCGUAUCACACAACACAACAGCAGGAUGCAGCGCAAGGCCCGCGGUGCGAGGACUGCGAUGCGCGAUUGGAAGUUGAUGAAGGGGGCAUGGAUGUUGAUAUGGAUAUGGAUGGCGCAGGAUGUGCGAGUGUGUUUGUGUGUUGUGAGUGUGGUAGGAGCGUUUGUGGGACUUGUGCUGUGGUGGGUGAUAAGAGACAUUGUUUGCAGUGUGCUACGCAUGGGUACUGA